GAUACACACACCACUGUGUGUGUGAGAGAGAAGGAUAUCAUCUACUACUACUAUUAUUACAUAUAUAUAUCUCAGCAGAGCGCCACCCCCUGGGCGACAAAUAAACACACACACACUCAAAAACCCUAGUCUACUAUCGCGGCCACGCUGCAGAAUGGAUGCCGAGUCGACUCAGGUUCAGCAAGCCCAAUUGGCGGCCAUUCUGGGGCCUGACCCCGCCCCCUUCGAAACCCUCAUCUCCCAUUUGAUGUCCUCCUCCAACGACCAGCGAUCCCAGGCCGAGUCUAUCUUCAAUUUGCUCAAGCAGAACGAUCCCAACUCCCUUGCCCUCAAACUAGCCCACCUCCUCUCCUCCUCUCUACAUGUUGAGGCCCGCGCCAUGGCCACCAUUCUCCUUCGCAAGCAGCUCACUCGGGACGACUCCUUUAUCUGGCCUCAACUCAAUGAAUCCACUCGUUCCGCUAUUAAGAACAUUCUCUUGUCCUCAAUUCAGAGUGAGGACUCCAAAUCUAUCAUAAAAAAGCUCUGCGACACCAUCUCGGAGCUUGCUUCUUCCCUCUUACCUGAAAAUCAGUGGCCCGAAAUUCUGCCCUUCAUGUUCCAAUGUGUAACUUCGAAUUCCCCAAAAUUGCAGGAGUCCGCCUUCUUGAUGUUCUCCCAAUUGGCCCAAUUCAUUGGACAACUCUUGAUUCCCUACAUAACUGAUUUGCAUACAGUAUUCUUAAAUGUACUCAAUAAUUCCCCCAAUCCCGAUGUGAAGAUUGCAGCCCUGAGUGCUGUUAUUAACUUUAUCCAGUGCUUGUCAAGUUCGAAUGAUCGUGAUCGGUUCCAGGAUUUGUUGCCCUCUAUGAUGAGGACAUUGACCGAGGCGCUCAACUCGGGGCAGGAGGCAACAGCACAAGAGGCUCUGGAGCUGUUGAUUGAGUUGGCUGGGACAGAGCCUAGGUUUCUGCGCAGGCAGAUUGUGGAUGUUGUGGGGUCCAUGCUGCAGAUAGCUGAGGCAGAGAGUUUGGAGGAAGGCACUCGGCAUCUGGCGAUUGAAUUUGUCAUUACACUGGCAGAAGCCAUUUGCAGGCUCUUUGCCAAUUUAAUGAAGAUGCUUUUGGAUGUGGAGGAUGAUCCAGCUUGGCACAGUGCUGAGCCAAAGGAUGAGGAUGCGGGGGAGACAAGUAAUUAUAGUGUUGGUCAGGAAUGUUUAGAUAGGCUCUCCAUAGCACUUGGUGGGAAUACCAUUGUUCCCGUGGCAUCUGAGCAGUUGCCGGCUUAUCUGUCUGCUCCUGAGUGGCAGAAGCAUCAUGCGGCUCUCAUUGCACUCGCGCAAAUAGCGGAGGGUUGUCAAAAGGUGAUGAUUAAGAAUUUGGAGCAAGUGGUGAACAUGGUUUUAACUUCCUUUCAACAUCCUCAUCCACGUGUGAGAUGGGCAGCUAUUAAUGCAAUUGGUCAGCUCUCAACAGACUUGGGCCCAGAUCUGCAAGUUCAGUACCAUCAGCGUGUGCUACCUGCACUAGCCUCAGCUAUGGAUGAUUUCCAAAAUCCUCGAGUACAGGCGCAUGCAGCCUCAGCUGUGCUAAACUUUAGUGAGAACUGCACCCCAGAAAUUUUGACACCUUAUUUAGAUGGGAUAGUGCACAAGCUGCUUCUACUUCUACAGAACUCCAAACAAAUGGUGCAGGAGGGUGCCUUAACUGCAUUAGCUUCAGUCGCUGAUUCAUCUCAGGAACACUUCCAGAAAUACUAUGAUGCAGUUAUGCCUUACUUGAAAGCUAUCUUGGUGAAUGCCACAGACAAGUCUAACCGCAUGCUUCGUGCGAAAGCAAUGGAGUGCAUCAGCUUGGUUGGAAUGGCAGUUGGAAAAGAGAAAUUCAAGGAGGACGCUAAGCAGGUCAUGAAAGUGCUUAUGUCAUUGCAAGGAUCACAAAUGGAGACAGAUGAUCCCACCACCAGUUACAUGCUACAAGCUUGGGCCAGACUUUGCAAGUGCUUGGGGCAGGAAUUCCUUCCCUACAUGGGUGUGGUUAUGCCCCCUUUGCUUCAGUCUGCUCAGCUAAAACCUGAUGUGACCAUUACUUCCGCUGAUUCUGACAAUGAAAUUGAUGAAUCAGACGAUGAAAGCAUGGAAACCAUCACCCUUGGGGAUAAAAGAAUUGGGAUUAAGACUAGUGUCCUAGAAGAAAAGGCCACUGCUUGCAAUAUGCUGUGUUGCUAUGCUGAUGAGUUGAAGGAAGGUUUUUACCCGUGGAUUGAUCAGGUUGCUCCAACAUUGGUUCCCCUUUUGAAAUUUUAUUUCCAUGAAGAAGUCAGGAAGGCUGCUGUUUCAGCUAUGCCGGAGCUAUUGCGGUCUGCAAAAUUGGCCGUGGAGAAAGGGAUUGCUCAGGGCCGUAAUGAGACAUAUGUUAAACAGCUGUCUGACUACAUAGUUCCUGCUCUAGUGGAAGCAUUACAUAAGGAACCAGACACAGAGAUAUGCGCAAAUAUGUUGGAUGCUCUGAAUGAAUGUCUGCAGAUUUCUGGACUGCUUCUAGAUGAGAGUCAGGUUAGAAGCAUUGUGGAUGAGAUAAAACAGGUGAUCACAGCUAGCUCAAGUAGAAAGCGAGAGAGAGCUGAGAGAGCCAAAGCUGAAGAUUUUGAUGCAGAAGAAGGAGAACUGCUUAAAGAGGAAAAUGAGCAAGAAGAAGAAGUAUUUGACCAAGUUGGUGAAAUAUUGGGAACACUAAUCAAAACAUUCAAGGCUUCAUUCUUGCCUUUCUUUGAUGAACUGUCAUCAUACUUGAUGCCCAUGUGGGAAUUGCUAUUUGCAUCUUUGAUGAUUUAGCUGAGCAAUGCCGUGAAGCAGCUCUAAAAUAUUAUGAUACAUAUCUUCCUUUCCUCUUGGAGGCAUGCAAUGAUGAAAGCCCAGAUGUCAGACAGGCUGCUGUAUAUGGACUUGGGGUAUGUGCGGAGUUUGGUGGUUCUGUUUUUAAACCCCUUGUUGGAGAGGCUCUUUCAAGGCUCAAUGUAGUUAUCAGGCAUCCCAAUGCUUUGCAGCCAGACAAUGUUAUGGCAUAUGAUAAUGCUGUGUCAGCUCUGGGAAAGAUAUGCCAGUUUCAUCGUAAUAGCAUUGAUUCAGCUCAGGUCAUCCCUGCCUGGUUGAAUUGUUUGCCAAUAAGGAGCGAUCUUAUUGAAGCAAAAGUUGUUCAUGACCAGCUUUGCUCUAUGGUUGAGAGGUCUGAUGUGGAACUUUUGGGUCCCAACAAUCAGUAUCUCCCCAAAAUUGUUUCUAUAUUUGCUGAGAUUCUCUGUGCUGGCAAGGAUCUUGCCACGGAGCAAACAGCUAGUCGAAUGGUUAACUUGUUGAGGCAGCUGCAGCAGACACUACCUCCAUCCACCCUGGCCUCUACAUGGUCAUCUUUGCAGCCUCAGCAGCAGCUCGCUUUGCAGUCAAUUCUGUCAUCAUAACGAUCAUGGCUUGUAGAGCAACUCAUUCAUAUCGAGUUACUGGUUGUGCGUGGUCGCUUGGGUGCCAGUGAUCUCAAUUGUUUCUGAUGCGAGAUGCGCACAGCAUUCAUUUGCAUAUGGUUUAUGCAUCCCGCUGUUGUUGGUCGAGUGUGAAUGCAUUUUGCGAGAAUUAUAAAAGACUUUGUAGAUGUGUAUAUUAGAAGAAGUUCUGUAUUUCCAAAAACAGAAGGAAAAUUAUUGUUUCUUCCCCCUUUUUUUCUGGGGUGGGGUGGGGGGGGGGGGCUUAUUAUGGUCUGAGAUUUUUGGUCAUUGUGAUACUGAGGGUUGCCAGAGCGGCAAAUCCCUGUUGCAGUUUUGGUCUCAUCAUGUUCAUGUUUCUUACAUCAGAGAUUCUUAUAGUGGAGGAUCCUGGUCAAGACAUGGUUAUUUAUUUCGUUGAUUUGUCAACUAUGAAUGAAAUUGUGGUUUCCCCAAGAGUUAUACAAAAGAUGAUGUAUGAUGUUUAAAUUUCA